CAAUUAAAAGCCUCCAAUCACUCAGCACUCCCACUUUAUAGGGCCCGCUUUAGCGUCGCCGAAUAUUCAUUCCCACUCUCGCACAGAAUGAAGCCUCCACCAAACACGCCCCUACUCUCUCUCUACUUCAUCACUCUCUCUCUCCUCCUCCUCCCCUCCUCCGCCGUCUCCUCCUCCGGCCAGGAGACCUUCAUCGUCCACGUCUCCCACUCUCACAAGCCACUCACAUUCUCUACCCAUCGCCAUUGGUACUCCAGCAUCCUCCGCUCCCUUCCACCGCACCACCGCCCCGCCAGAAUCCUCUACACCUACGACCGCGCCGUGCGAGGCUUCUCCGCGCGUCUCUCCGCCGAUCAGGCCGCCGCAUUGCGCGGCGUCCCUGGCGUAGUCUCCGUCGUCCCCGACGCGAUUCGCCAGGCUCAUACCACUCGAACUCCCAAAUUUCUAGGUUUAGCCGAUUCGUUCGGUUUGUGGCCGAAUUCCGACUACGCAGAUGAUGUAAUUGUCGGCGUUUUGGAUACUGGUAUCUGGCCGGAGCGGGAGAGCUUCUCCGAUGAAGGUCUCGGCCCCGUACCGGAGCGAUGGAAGGGGAAAUGCGCGGAUUUCCCCGAUUUCCCUUCGACGUUGUGUAAUAAGAAGAUUAUUGGCGCCAGUGCGUAUUAUUUAGGUCACGAAGCUGCUAGAAACGAAUCGACGGAUGAAUCGAGCGAAUCGAUGUCCCCGAGGGAUACGGAAGGCCACGGCACGCACACAGCGUCGACUGCCGCCGGAGCGGUGGUGAGGAACGCGAGUUUGCUCGGAUAUGCGAAGGGUGAAGCUAGAGGAAUGGCGAUUAAGGCGAGGAUCGCGGUUUACAAAAUCUGCUGGACGAAUGGAUGCUACGAUUCGGAUAUUUUAGCUGCGUUUGAGCAAGCGAUCGAGGACGGAGUGGACGUGAUCUCGCUUUCCGUCGGCGCUUCUGGCUACGCGCCGCAGUACGAUGAGGAUUCCAUCGCGAUCGGAGCUUUUGCAGCGACGGAGAAAGGAAUCGUCGUUUCGUGCUCCGCCGGAAACUCAGGACCUGGCUCCUACACUUCCGUCAACAUCGCGCCGUGGAUUUUGACCGUCGGAGCUUCGUCGCUCGACCGCGAGUUCCCCGCCGAUGUUGUUCUCGGCGACGGCAGAGUGUACGGAGGCGUCUCUCUAUACUCCGGCGAUUCGCUCGGCGAAGUUAUGCUUCCGUUGGUUUACGCCAAGGAUUGCGGAAGCCAGUACUGCUACACCGGCGAGCUCAAUUCAUCGAAAGUCACCGGAAAAAUCGUGAUCUGCGAUCGCGGCGGCAAUGCGAGAGUGGAGAAAGGAGAAGCCGUCCACGUCGCCGGCGGGGCCGGCAUGAUCAUGGCUAACCUAGACGAUUCCGGCGAAGAGCUCCUCGCCGAUGCGCACUUCAUCCCCACCACAAUGGUCGGAGCAUCCGCCGGAGACCAAAUCCGAUCCUACUCGAGCUCAGAUCCAAAUCCAACCGCUACAAUCGUCUUCAAAGGAACCGUCAUCAGCAAUUCCCCUUCCGCUCCCCGCGUCGCCUCGUUCUCGAGCCGCGGCCCGAGCUACCGCACCGCCGAGAUCCUGAAGCCGGACGUGAUCGGCCCCGGCGUCAACAUCCUCGCCGCCUGGACGGGCCACACCGGCCCCACCGGCAUCGAAACAGACACGAGAAGAGUCGAAUUCAACAUCAUCUCCGGCACGUCGAUGUCGUGCCCCCACGUCAGCGGCCUGGCGGCGCUGCUGAAGCAGGCUUAUCCGUCGUGGUCGCCGGCGGCGAUCAAGUCGGCGCUGAUGACCACCGCUUACAAUGUGGAUAACACCGGAAAGAAUCUCACGGACCUCGCCACCGGAGCUGAAUCCAAUGCCUACAUCCACGGGACCGGCCAUGUCGACCCGAACCGGUCAUUGGAUCCGGGUUUGGUUUAUGAUUUGGAAAUUACAGAUUAUUUGGGGUUCCUCUGCACAAUUGGAUAUGAUUCAAAGAGAAUAUCCGUGUUUUCGAAAGAUGCUUCUUCGUUGGAUUGUGAUAAGUUGGGAUUCAAGAAUCCUGGAAAUUUGAACUACCCUUCGUUUUCGGUUGUUUUCAGCGGCGGCGAGAGCGUGAUCACGUACAAGAGGACGGUGAAGAACGUCGGGAAGGCAGCGGGCGCGGUGUACGAAAUGGGAGUGGCGGCGCCGCUGGGGGUGGAGGUGAGUGUGUCGCCGAGCAAACUUGUGUUCGGUGAGAAUGAGGAGAAGUUGUCGUACGAAGUCACGUUCAAGAGCAGCGCCGAAGCCGUGGAUGCAGCCGGAUUUUCGGUGGUGGAUGGAGAAAAGUCUGCGUUCGGGUGGCUGGAGUGGAGCGACAGCGGUGGCCACCGUGUGAGGAGCCAAAUCGCGGUGCUAUGGAAGGAGAGCAGCGGCGCCGCGGCGGUGGCGGCAAUGUGAAGUUGUUGAGGGGAUUGUUGUGCUCUGUUGUUGUUAAUCUUGUGUGUAAAAUAAGGAUUUAAAAGCAAAGGGAGAGUGUUGUUUUCAUGUAGGAUUUGAGAUUCUUGAUCAAGAUUAUGAUUAUUGGAGGUGGAAGAAGCCAAUAUAUUUGGAUUUAUUGCAUUUUUAUAAAGUAUAAACCCUUGAGUUUUCUGUUGUUAUGUAA